AAACAAACGCAGAAAAGUUAAAAAAAAAAAAAGUCAUAUUCUAUUCUAUUCUCCGUUCUGGUUUUGUUAUUCAAAAUUUUUCUUCGAUAAACCAAAGCUGCUUUGUAAAGUCACCAACCCCUCCCCUAGUUUUCUCCUCUUGUUCCUUCACCCAACAAGGGAAUCCCCCCCCCUCCCUUCUCUCUCUCUCUCUCUCUCUCUCUCCUCUUUGAUUUCUUCCUUCCUGAUUCCUGGCAUCUUUUCUCUUUUUGGCUUUUGUUUUGAUGUUUGAUCUUUGGUUCCCUUAAAUGGGUUUUCAACAUAGAAAGUUGUUAUCUGAUUAUGGCAAUGAAACCUACUGUGGCGUUUGUUACCAAUCAUGUGAUCCAGCAUGUUACCAAUUUUGUCCCGAGAACUGUUCUUACUACCCUCCUUACACAGACCUAUACCCUCCUCCUCCUCCGAGUCACGUUUAUGAGCCCAGUCCUCAUACAAAGACACCUACCAAGUUGUUGGUCAUAACCUUUUCAGUUCUCGCCACAGCUUUUCUGGUUCUAUGCUAUUAUGUUUACUAUGUCAGGUUCUCUAGACGCCGGUCUAAUGCUAGGAGGAGAUCGCAGCCUGAAACAACUGAAACCCGUGAUGAAUUCCUUGAUGAAGAUCAUGGUCCCAUCGUUGACCAUCAUAUCUGGUACAUCAACACCGUAGGUCUGCAACCAUCUAUCAUUAAUUCCAUCGCGGUUUGUAAGUAUAAGAGAGAUGAGGGUCUUGUUGAAGGAACAGAGUGCUCUGUUUGCUUGAAUGAGUUUGAAGAAGAUGAGACUCUCAGGCUGUUGCCAAAGUGUAGUCAUGCUUUUCACAUUCCUUGUAUUGAUACUUGGCUUAGAUCGCAUACCAAUUGUCCUAUGUGCCGGGCACCUAUUGUCUCAAACACUGCUAAUAAAGGACCCUCAUCCUCUGAGGGAAAUACUGAAGAUUCAGGAGUAAGUGAGGAAACCCAAGCGGUAAUUGUGGAAGAUGAUGGAGAACCUGAGAGAGAAACUGAUGGUGGAACAAGCGAAAUAAGGAUUAGAACAGAUGAGGAAGAAGAAUUAGCUGUUGAACAUGAAAGAAAUAAAGGUGAAAGUUCAGGAGCAGAUGAUGGGAUUCAACCAUUGAGAAGAUCGGUUUCUUUGGAUUCCUUGGCAGCUUCUCAGAUCAACCAGGCUCUUGCUAUUGGUAUUCCAGAGGGAUCUACUGGCAAUUCAGAUAAUGAAUUGGGUAAGGGGAAAGAAUCGAGCGUGAGAAUUGUUUCAAGGAGAGCUGCAGGAAAUCAAGGUUUGCUGAGACUGAUGUGUCAUUCUUCGAUCGGUAGGUCUUUGCAAAAUAGGCAAAUUUUCAUGAAGAGGUCAUAUUCUUGCAAUGGAAAAUUCUCGUUGCCAAUAUGCAACAACAAGAGCCGCAACACAAAUCCUCCUGUGAGAAGCUUUUGAUCGUUGCUGCGUGUAUCCACUUUCAGGUUUCAGUUGAAGAUUAUCAAUGGGAAUCAGCCCCUGGUCUGGGGGGAUAUCAGAUAAAGUUAUGCCGCCUAGGAUCAGAAGGCAGUAUGCUUUCCCUUGUGGAAAAUUGUUGCGUUCUAGAGGAUAUAUGUCCACCAUUUCCUGUUUUAGCAUAGAUCUCUUUCUGUGACACUAGAAUGAAGCAUGAAAUAAUGCCCUUUUCAAAAACAUGCUAUGAUUCAUGUUUAAAUGUGUCUAUUUACAUCUAUCAACCAAAAAAAGGGUUUAUUUACAGAAACCAAUGAGUUUCAAGUCCAUUGUCCAACUCCCUUAGGAAAUACGUUGACGUCCGCAGAAGAAAAAGGAGUGAGUUCUGAAGUUCCGGCAUGUUGAGAAAAGUGACUAAGGCAAUAUAAAUGGUUGAUCCCUAGCUUAAUUACUGAGUCCAGUACAUGAUUCUCUGUUAUGAUUAUCUCAUCUCUCUCAAGUGUAUCUCAAGUGCAAUUUUAAAGAAUUGAAAAUUUUAAUCCUCUAAAUUGUCAAGGAAAUGGAGGAGCCCCCAAGGAACUGCAAGUCAUUCUUCACAUGUUGUCCAAAGUAGAUAAGAGUUUAAAGUCUUUGGGAAGCAAAAUUAGCAAAACACUCCAGUUAUGAAGUAAGAAAAUAGAAAAAUGAAAAACCCUACAUUGAAUUGUCAGGUACUCGUUCUUUAGGUGAUCAUAAACAAAUAAACUGAUCAUGGCAUUGAUUGAUCUCCCAAGCAGGAGGUGAAGCAUUAUUUUAUGAAAUAAAUGGCCAAGUAAAAUGAGAUACGACUUUUCCUGUCCCAAUUUCUUUUUCUGUCGCCGUUGGGGUAUAGGAACAAUUACCUGCAACAAAAGAAAGCCACUGUUCCUUGUUAGUUUUACAAAAUUAUUUUGUUUUUCUGACCGGAUUAAGACCGUCAAAUCGUGGCCACUGGAUUCGGCUUCAAUGUCACGAGAUUCGUAUUUGUCAGCACUAGCUGUUGAAAACAACAAGAAAAGUAAAAAGAAUGUGUCUUUAAAAUGUAGUGUCCUGGUGCCACAUCAUCAUUGACUCUGUAACGUCGGUUUUUGUGAAUAUGAAAUCAUUGAGAAGAUUUCAACUCGAAAUUUGAAGACAUGUUAACAAAAAGCGCUUUUUUUUCAAAAAACAAAAAGUUUAGAGUACUGCCACUCAAAACCUUAACUGGAUUAUUACUCUCCAUAAUUGCAUCCAGGUAGAAGAAAUUCAUGGCAAGUACAAAAACAAAACUAUAUGCAACCAUGUAUGAGCAAUCACAUUGAGUUAUACUGUGAGUUGCUUUCAACUUGAUAGAGGUUAAACACAGUAAAAGAUCGUAUCUCCAUUUGGUUGCUACAGCCAACAGGGAUGGAGACGAUGAAAUUGAAAGAAAAAUAGAUGCUCUCUAAUCUUGUACUAGUAGUUGGACCAUUUCUGAACGUUGUAGGCUUACGUUCGAUGUGGUUUUGUGAAGGACUACGCCCAAUCGAUCCGCCAAUCAGUUGAUCAAAUAAAUUAGUAACUCUAUAUAGUAUAAGACAGAAUAUUUUAUGUUUACAAAUGUAAACAUUGAGACAUUUGGAGGAACCUUAAUGGAUUUAAAACCUUUUAAACGAUAUGAUUCUGUUAACCGGAAAAGUAUAUUUUGACCUAUCAUUUCCAUGAAAGCGGAUCAGGAGCCUGACCUGCUCUGAUAACCAAAUCUUGGGCAAUGACCAAACAGUUCUUCCGUCCUUUUGCUUUGUUCGACAAAAAGAUAUUGUCGAAUUGGAUAGAAAGGCUGCAGUACUGAAUCCAAGUAGAAUCUAAGCAAAUCUGGCGGCGGGUCCUGCAAAUUGCAUGUUGUUAGUGGUUGAGGAGAUAAGCCAAAUAUAAUAUUGGGCGGACCCAUUGGAUAGGGCAUAUUGGCCAGGUUCUAUUCUAAAGCAAAGUU